UCAAGGGGUUAGCGCGCAGACCUCACAGCUAGGAGACCAGGGUUCAAUCCCACCCUCGGGCAUCUCUGUGUGGAGUUUGCAUGUUCUCCCCGUGCAUGCGUGGGUUUUCUCCGGGUACUCCGGUUUCCUCCCACAUUCCAAAAACAUGCUAGGUUAAUUAGCCACUCCAAAUUGUCCAUAGGUAUGAAUGUGAGUGUGAAUGGUUGUUUGUCUAUAUGUGCCCUGUGAUUGACUGGCGACCAGUCCAGGGUGUACCCCGCCUUACGCCCGAAGACAGCUGGGAUAGGCUCCAGCACCCCCCGCGACCCUCGUGUGGAAAAGCGGUAGAAAAUGAAUGAAUAAUAAUAAUAAUAAGUGAAACAAGUUUUGGAAAGUGAAGCAAUACAAGGCAUGUAUGACGAGUAUAAAGUCAAAAUACUAAGGAAAUAAAGUCAUAAUAUGUGGAAAAAAAAUGAAAUAUUUGGGAAAGGACCAAAGCCAAUGAGGGCGUCCCACGCUGACUCCUUGUCUCGGGUUGGAACCCACCAGAGGUGUCUGGAGGUAUCUGCAAAAUCUACGUGUAGCAUUGUCGGCUCCUCAGGAGGCUCGAGGUAGAACUUAAAAAUCCAAAUAGAAGAAAAGAAGCCGUUUAUGGCAAAGAAGCAUUCACCUGAAGGCGAAAUCUCCUGAUGGCGAAGGCAACAGAGCUUUCUCUCUUGAAACCAGGCGGGGGUUGAUCAGCCAGGCCUCUGGCAGCGCCAUCCCCUGCUGAGCUUGGACGCUUUCAAACUUCUCACCGACUUGGCCUCAUGGAGCAAAAAAAAUCAAGACAGGAGCCGAGGACCCCCCACUGCCUGUCAGUCAAGACACUGGGCCCAAAUGUCGUGUGGUACUGGUGCCGAGUGCGCCCCCAUAACCAUCAGACGGCAUCUGCGAGAGAAGAAACAUCUUCUACGGCCUGGUCUCCUACCUGGUUUGGAAUUAGCAGGAGCCCAAACACCAAACGGAACUUCAGGUCGUGCAGGGGCGUCAAACGGCAGCCGGCUGUGUGGAGAUGUUGCGGUUACUUGACCGAAGAACUUCUUCCAGAGGAAUAAGCUGACUCUUUUGGACCAUUCCACGGAUAGAACAUUUGUUCCAGACAUUCCCACUGGAAUCUCGCUUGGUGUCCUCUCGGUGGUGACCCGGACCAGGAUUAAGGAGGAAGGUGUGUGAGUGUAGUCCACAUGAGGCCAAAUGUUUAGACUAGAUGAGGAGAAGGAGGAGGACCUUCUGUAUGAAUAUAAAAGCCGUACCGGGAGGAUGUUCCCACACUGAAAGAGCAUCCAAAGACCGGACGGGACCAUCAGGAGUUUUCCACACCGGAUAUUUCAUAUUUCAUAUCGGAUUCGGAUAAUUCAUUCAAUCACAUCUUCUGGCUAAGGAAUAGAAAGAAUGGAUUCCACAGAGAGUCCGGCAACGCAACGGCGGAAGGCGAAGCUGAUGUUCGGCCUGAAGGGGAAGAAGAAGAAGAAGAAGGUCCAGGCGGACCUGGUCCUGUCAAACAAGGCGGCCCUGGACAGGGAAGCCGAGCUCCCCUCUGAAACGUCUCAGCUGCUGGAAGGAGACGACAUGGAGCAUCAGGAAGGACGCUCUGCACGAAGAACCAGAACCAUGGCCAGCACCAAGCGGUCCAAGCUAAGAACCGCCAUUGAGGAGACUGAAGGCAAAGCUCAGAGCUUCCAGGUCACCAUCAACAUCACGGAAGCCAAGCAGCUGGUGGGUGAGAACAUCGACCCCAGUGUGGUGAUCGAGGUGGGCGAUGAGAAAAAACAGACCACGGUCAAAGAAGGAACCAACGCUCCCUUCUACAACGAGUAUUUUGUCUUUGACGUCUUCGCCCACAAAGAGAUCUUCUUCGAUAAAGUCAUUCGGCUGACGGUGAUGCACACCAAGAUGCUGAGGAGCUUCUGCAUCGGCUCCUUUAAAGUAGACGUAUGGACCGUCUACAAACAAGCAGGUCAUCAAUUCAUAAACAAGUGGGCGGUGCUGACGCUUCCCGGCGACAUCAGCACCGGGGUCAAAGGUUACGUCAAGUGCGACAUCAGUGUCUCAGCGAAGGGCGACAGCAUGCAGCCUGGAAUUAAAGCCAGCGACGCAGAGGAGCAAAUAGAGAAGAACCUCCUGAUACCGGAGGGGUUCCCCUCAGAGCGUCCUUGGGCCCGUUUCUGCAUGAAAGUGUACCGAGCCGAAGGUCUUCCCCGCAACAACUCUAGCAUCAUGGCCAACGUCACCAAGGCCUUCAUCGGGGACAACACGGCGCUCAUAGACCCCUAUGUGGUCGUUAGCUUCUUCAGACAAGUGGGUCGCACGUCCACACAGAAGUCCAACGCUGAUCCGGUGUGGAACGAGCAGAUCGUCUUCACUGAGAUGUUUCCUCCACUGUGCCAGAGGAUGAAGAUCCAGGUUUGGGAUGAAGGCAGCAUGAGUGACGUUGCCAUAGGAACCCACUACUUUGACCUCAGACGCAUCUCCAACGAACAAGAUGGCGACAGAGGGUUUUUACCAACCUUUGGUCCCGCUUGGAUCAACCUGUACGGCUCGGUCAGGAACUCUCUGGGGGACGACACGGCCGAGCUUAACGAGGGCAUCGGAGAGGGCGUGUCCUAUAGGGGGCGUGUCUAUGUGCAGCUGGUGGUGGAGAUCCUGUCAGGGGGGAUGGGCCCAGAGUCCAAACUUGCACGGAUAAUUAAGCCAGUGAAGGAUGCCAAGACGGGAAAGCCGGCAGGGAAGGAUGCAAAGACCCCAGCCUCAGCAGCAUCAGCCGGAGGAGGAGGCGGGGCAUCAGGGGGGACAGGCGAAGAUGACAAAGGCAGGGCAGCGGCGGAGGUUCUACCUGUGGAAUGUCCUCCUACGCUUCACACUGACAACAGAGACAGCUUCCUGCUUUUUGGAGCCUUGUUUGAAGCCACCAUGAUUGACAGGAAGAUCGGAGACAAGCCAAUCAGUUUGGAGUUUUCUCUGGGUAACUAUGGUAACGUCCAGGAGUCCGGCGCCCAGCAGCCCAGCCCGGGCUCCCCAAGUCCCGCCCUCGGUCGAAGGAGACCCAUUCUGGACUUUUCAGACAGCUCCUCCUCGUCCUCCCCGCUGUUACCCAGAGAGUCCCAAGACCCCUCCAGGUCCUCCAAGUCCACCACGCCUCCCCAGAAGCCGCUCAUUGUGGAAGGAAACAGGUACUACAUGUAUUUGCCCCUGGAGAAACAGAAGCCUUGCAUCAAUGUGCUGAGUCAGUGGGAGGACAGAAGCUAUCGUCUGUACAACUCCAACAUGCUGGAGAACAUAGCAGCCUUGUUUGAAGAAGGUGUGGCCAAAGCGGCUGAGCUCCACGUGAAUUCACAUCCCGGGGCCGAGCAGGCGCUCGGCACCACGGUCAAAGAGUUCUGUGUGGACGCCAGGAGUUUUAUCGCUGCCGCAGAGGCCAAGUUGAAGACUGAGCUGAAGUCCAGUUACCUGACGCAGCUGGACAAGAAACGCCUCACCAUGUGCAAGCAGGAACUGGAGAGCAUGAUCGGCGACGCUCGGUCUCUGGUGGAGACGAAGAGGAAAGCGGGCGGCGUCAAGGAAGCGUUGCUGGAUGCCACAAAACUCACGCACAAACUGCGCUUCCUGGUGGAGGAGCCUCAACACACGGUGCCCGACGUUUUCGUGUGGCUGUUGAGCAACAACAAGCGCGUGGCCUACGCUCGUCUCCCGGCCAGAGACGUCAUCUUCUGCAGCAGUCAGGAGGCUCGUGGAGUCCACUGUGGAAGGAUAGUGACACUCUUCCUGAAGCCACCAGGCAAGCGUGUGUCAGGGUUGUCAGUCCAAGCCAAAGUGGACGUGUACUUGUGGUUUGGAUCCUGCAUGGACGCCUGUCAUAUGUUGGAUGACCUGCCCGCAGGGUUCACCGCCGCCACAGGGGGCGCUGAUGCCAACAGUCCACCCACUCACCUGACCUGCACAGAGCAGCAUCAGUUCUGGUUAAGGUGUCACAUGUAUCAGGCUCGCGGUCUGAUUGCCGCUGACAACUCGGGCCUGUCCGACCCGUUUGCUAGGGUCACCUACCUGUCACACAGCCAGACCACCAACGUGAUCAGUCAGACGCUCAGUCCCACAUGGAACCAGUGCUUGCAGAUGAGCGGCAUCCUGCUGAGUGGAGACCUUCAGCACAUCCUGGAGGAACCGCCGAGACUUGUUAUUGAAGUGUAUGAUGACGACGCCCUGGGCAAGGCUGAGUAUCUGGGGGCCACUGUGGCGCAGCCCGAGGUCCACCUGCUCUCUGAGCCGUACACGCCCCCCACCCUGCGGUACAGCCCGCUACACCGCGGCAGCCAAUCCGGAGGAGAGCUGCUGGCGGCCUUCGAGCUGGUGCAGGUCGCCAUGUCCGGAGAGGGGGGGCUGCCCCCCUUGGAGGAGCAGGAAGGGGGCGUCUACACGGUCCCCGCCAACAUCAGACCAGUUCUCAGCACCUACAGACUGGAGGUUUUGUUUUGGGGUCUGAGAGAGCUGAAGAAAGUUCAGUUGCUGGCUGUUGAUCGUCCUCAGGUGUACAUAGAAUGUGCUGGAAAAACCCUGCGUUCUUCCGUGGUUCAGCGGUACAAGUCCAACCCCAACUUCACCACGCUGCUUGACACCAUUGAACUGGAGUUACCCGAGAAGGAGCACCUCCAUCCUCCGCUCAGCAUCACUGUUGUCGACUGGAGGGCCUUCGGUCGCAGCACGCUAGUUGGAAACCACAUCAUCAACAACCUGAUGGCCUUCAAGUACAUUGCCCCCCCAGCACCGCCGGCCCCCAUACGGACGCACAUGCCGCCGACAGUCGUGGAAGAAGAAAGCGCUGAGGGAGGACCUUCCCAGCAUGUUGAACAGACGAAAUCCCCGGAUGUUCUCGUCACCGUGGAGGAGGACGUCCCUGAAAAGACAGAAGCCAAGAAGAAAAAGGAGAGGCCGACGAAGAGCAGCCGUCGUUCCACCAAGCGAAGGAGACGAACCAUCGCUGACGAGUCGGCAGAGUGCGUCAUUGACUGGUGGUCCAAAUAUUACGCAUCGGUGGAGAAGAAGACCAAACAGACGGAAGGUGCCCUCUUUCCCCGAGUCUUUGAGAAAGCCUUGCCGUACCACAGCUUGCUCGGCGAUGGAAUAGACUCUUUAGUGAGCAGCUCCUCAGACGUGGACAAGAAGAAGAAACAAAAGGGGAGAGGAACACCGGAGCAGAACCCCAUUUCCAGUCUGCCCGCCCGACUGGCCACGCUGCAGCUGUACAACAAGGAGCUGGAGGCGGAGUUUGGACCUUUCAACGACUGGGUGAACACGUACGAGCUGUUCCGAGGGAAGGCCAACGAGGAGGAGGGCCCCAACGAGGAGAGGUUCGUCGGCAAGUUCAAGGGCCGCUUCUGCCUGUACAAGCUGACCGAGGACCAGGAUGGCGCCUGGGAUGAAGACGACGGACAGCUCCAAGUCAACAGAGGGAUCCCGGCCAACACCCCGGUCCAGGUCCUGAUUCGGGUUUACAUCGUGUCUGCAUCGAACCUGCACCCCGCAGACCCGGACGGAAAAGCCGACCCUUACGUUGUCGUUCAACUGGGCAAGAAUGAAAUCAAAGACCGGGACAAUUACAUCCCCAAACAGCUCAACCCCGUCUUUGGAAGGUCAUUCGAGAUGCAGGCGACCUUCCCGAAGGAGUCGCUGCUCUCGGUGCUCAUCUACGACUACGACAUGGUGGGAGGGGACGACCUGAUCGGAGAGACCCGGAUUGACUUGGAGAACCGCUUCUACAGCAGACACCGGGCCACCUGCGGACUCCCCACUGAGUACAGCCUUGACGGAUACAACGCCUGGAGGGACUGCCUGAAACCAUCGGAGCUCCUGACGACGCUGUGCAGAGAGAACGGUCUGGACGGUCCUCAUUUCAGACCAGGACGCAUCACCGUGGCCGACAAAGUCUUCACUGGCAAGACACUCUUCACGCAUGAAGAUGAGGAACCUAUGGAGUCCUACGAGCACUUGUCCUUGAAGAUCCUACAUCGUUGGGGCGAGAUUCCGGGCGUGGGGUGCAAGCUGGUGCCGGAGCACAUCGAGACCAGAACCUUGUUUAACAAGGCUCGGCCCGGAAUGGACCAGGGUCAGGUGCAGAUGUGGGUGGACAUGUUCCCUGUGGACCUGCCCCAUCCCGGACCUGCUGUGGAUAUUUCACCUCGUAAGCCCAAAGGGUACGAGCUCCGCGUGGUCAUCUGGAACACCGAGGACGUCAUCCUGGACGACAGCAACUUCCUGACCGGUCAGAAGUCCAGCGAUAUUUACAUCAAGGGAUGGCUGAAGGGUUUGGAGGACGACCGACAGGAAACGGACGUCCAUUACAAUUCUCUGACGGGAGAAGGAAACUUCAACUGGCGCUUUGUUUUCCCCUUCAGCUACCUGCCCGCCGAGAAGGUGUUGGUGGUGAAGAAGAGGGACAGUAUUUUCUCUCUGGAUAAAAGCGAACAGAAGCUGCCCGCCAUCCUCAUCCUGCAGGUUUGGGACUUUGAGACGCUCUCGUCCGAUGACUUUCUUGGCACGGUGGAGCUGGACCUGCACGGCUUCCCUCGCGGGGCCAAGACGGCCAAGUCGUGCAAGGGGGACGUCUUCACCGACGGGACGGAGCGGAUCUCCAUCUUCCAGCAGAAGCGGUCCAGAGGCUGGUGGCCUUUCAGGAAGUCCGGAGAGCUGACGGGGAAAGUGGAGGCCGAGUUCCACCUCGUGACUGGCGAAGAGGCCGAGAAGAACCCGGUCGGCCGAGCCCGCAAGGAGCCAGAUCCACUGCCCAAGCCCAAUCGCCCCGACACCUCCUUCUCCUGGUUCGUCAACCCCUUCAAGUGUUUCUUCCACCUGGUGUGGCGCAACUACAAGAAGUACAUCAUCAUGGCUGCGGUGCUGCUCAUCUCGGUGCUCUUCCUGGUUCUGCUGCUCUACACGAUGCCGGGCGCCAUCUCACAAAAGAUAGUCAACGGGUGACGCGUACACGCAAGUGCAGCUGUUCUUCAUUCAUUCAAAACCAACGUGCUUUUAUUUUCCCUGUUGAUGUGUAGUCAUACCAGCAAUGACCAGCAGAGGGCGCUGGUGUGUAGUGCCAUUGGUCUGAGUUCUACCAUGAAAUAGCAUUUAAAUAUGGAGGACCAAAACUGCCAAAAUCAUAAAUAAAUCAAUAAAAGUGAAAAUAAAAACAAAAAUGAAAAAAAAUUCAAUACAAAAAAAUAAAUAUAAAUAGAAAUAAAAACAAAAAUUCAAAAAUAUAUACAUAAAUAAAUAAAAGCAAAAAUAAAUACAAAAAUAAAAACAAGAUUCAAAAAUUAAAAAUAAAUACAAAAAUAAAUGUAGAAAUAAAUACAAAAAUAAAUAUAUAAAUAGAAUUACAUAUCAAUAAAUAAAUAAAAGCACUCUGCUCUCAUAUGUAUUUAUUUCAUGCUGCAGACAAUGUCAGCUUGAAAUGCAGAAGGAAAAACUAUUCAAAUGAGGGGGCGGUCCUAAGCGUGUCUUGGGUUGAACUGUUAUGUAUAUAUUUUUUUUAUUUUUGUUUUUAUUUCCAUUUAUAUUUAUUUUUUUGUAUUUAAUUUUUUUUUUCAUUUUUGUUUUUAUUUUCACUUUUAUUUAUUUAUUAUUUUGGCAGUUUUGGUCCUCCAUAUUUAAAGGAUAUAAAAGCCCAAGAUAAAUAUUGCAGUAGCAUAGUGAAUAUCAGGGGUGUCCAAGGUGCAGCCUGAGGGACCAUUUGUGGCCCCCACUGUGUUUUUCAUUGCCAAAAAAUACCCAUUAAAAAUGUGAGAAAUAUGUAAAGACGCUGAAAUGGUGAUAAUAAUAAUAAAACAAAGCUCUGUCUUUAAAUCGGGACUGUCAAAAAUAGCCCGUUAACUGCGGUAACUCAUUUAUUUCAUUCAUGACGUUAACAUUAGUAGCGUCAAUAAUGUCAAGACACAUUUUAAUUAAAUUAAUAAAACAAAAGUGAGAAUUUCAUACAAAGUUCUCAUACAAAGUUUAUUAUAAAGUUCUGGGAUCCAACACCCAGGAUGUUUAGUAUUCAGAUGUAGUGUUACUACUAGUGUUGAUAGUACACUGGGUGUGUAGUAAUAGUAGUAAGUGAAUACAGUAAUCCUUCUUAAUCUUAAAGUUACAGCAUAGAAAAGCUGUUUACCACAUUUGCAAUAUGCUUUAUAAUUAUUAGAGCCCUCUAGACAUGAAAUAACACCCCUAUAGUCACAUUUACACUCCUAUUAUCCAAUAUAGAAGACAUAAAAUAAGACUCACAUGUUGGGAAUUUUUUUUUUUUUGUUUACUUCCAGUACUUCCUGUGGUGGCUAAAUUUAAAAACAUUUUUAGAAAACAUCACAUCAAUGUAACAUGAUUUAUAUUUGGAUUUUACUUCAUUGGAAAUACUUCAUUAAAGCCAAAAAUGGGUAACAUACAUAUUUUUGAGCAAUAAUAGACCAUAUUCAACCAUGACACGGCAUGAUUUAUUCAUUCAUAUAUUUUUGGUAAAGAUGCAAAAUUGGAAGCGCCAAUUGGCAAGGGAUUACUGCAGCGUUGGGGAAGGGAACCUAUGACCUGGCUGUUAAACAUUUCUUAACACGUGUAACAUGUGUAACCAGCGCACACCUCAACAGGAAGCCAAGCAUGUUCCAUUUCCUUGUCUGCAAUGAUAAGCAUCCUAAAUAAAGUUAUAACCAAAUCACGUUUUUUUUUCCAUCAUAUUUCAAAUCACGAAAAUGAAAUCCAGCCCGGAGUCUCACAAGGGGCCGCUAAAACUGGGGGGCGGGGUUGGCG